AUGGCCGACUCCAGCCUCCGUGUGGAGUCUUCGCUUCUGAACAACUCUUCAUCCUUCCUCAGAAAAGUCUCCCUCACAGCCAUUCAGCUGAUCAACUGGAGAGAACCGAAGCAGUCUGCAGCAGUCUUCGGCCUGUCCCUGACAGUGCUCAUCUCUGUAGCAUCACUGUCAGUCAUCAGUGUGGUGUCCUACCUACUGCUGGCCUGCCUCUGUGUCACCAUCACCUUCAGGAUUUACAAGUCUGUGAUCCAGGCUAUCCAGAAGUCAGAUGAAGGUCAUCCAUUCGGGUUUCUGCUAGAAAAAGACAUCUCUAUUUCUCCUGAGGCGGUUCGAGAGCUGGGAGAUCAGUGUCUGAUCCACUUGAAUCACUUCACCACACGAACUCGAAGGCUUUUGCUGGUUGAAGACCUGGUGGAUUCUCUCAAGGUAUCUGUUGUGUUGUAGAAAGCCUCAAAAUAAAUGUGCAACAGAAUCUGUCCAUUCUGUAGAAAUGGUGGUUGUUUGAGGAACAUCUAAAGAAGUGGAGGAACAUCUAAGGCAGGGGUCUCAAACUC